AUGCGCUUGCAGAGAGGAAGCAGCUCGGAAGUGUUAUCUCCAACAUUGCUACAGUCUUUCAAUUGGUAAUAUUUACAGCAACCUGCAUUAUUUGCUGUAAGUCGACUUGUUUUAAAGAGAAAAACACUAUUGCCGCAGCUUGGUGAAAUUCAGUUUGGAGACGAAGGUGGCAAUCUUGAUGAGUGACUGAAUUCGGUUUUUACAGUAAGAGGGGAGUAAAAUCCAACGGUGUAGGGAUGAGCUUCUUUGGUUUUGGUCAAAGUGCAGAAAUAGACAUAGUCCUGAAUGACGCUGAGACAAAAAAGAAAGUGGAGCACAAGACAGAAGAUGGCAAAAAGGACAAGUAUUUUCUUUUCUACGAUGGCGAGACAGUGUCUGGGAAAGUAAACGUGACGCUCAAAAAUCCAGGGAAAAGAUUCGAACAUCAGGGGAUCAAGAUCGAAUUCAUUGGGCAGAUUGAGCUGUACUAUGAUCGAGGGAACCACCAUGAGUUUGUGUCUCUAGUUAAAGACUUGGCACGGCCUGGUGAGCUCACACAGUCCCAGACCUUUGAUUUCGAGUUCACGCAUGUGGAAAAACCGUACGAGUCCUACACCGGCCAGAACGUCAAACUACGGUAUUUUUUAAGGGCCACCAUUAGCAGGAGACUCAAUGACAUCACCAAGGAGAUGGACAUUGUGGUACAUACACUCAGCACAUACCCCGAGCUGAACUCCUCCAUCAAGAUGGAAGUGGGAAUUGAAGACUGCCUGCACAUUGAGUUUGAGUACAACAAAUCUAAGUACCACCUAAAAGAUGUCAUAGUGGGGAAGAUCUACUUCCUUUUGGUACGGAUUAAAAUUAAACACAUGGAGAUCGACAUCAUCAAACGGGAGACAACGGGCACCGGUCCCAACGUAUAUCAUGAAAAUGACACCAUCGCCAAGUAUGAGAUCAUGGAUGGAGCACCAGUAAGAGGGGAAUCCAUCCCUAUUAGGCUCUUCUUGGCUGGCUAUGAGAUGACCCCCACCAUGCGAGACAUUAAUAAGAAGUUCUCUGUGCGCUACUACCUGAACCUGGUGCUGAUAGAUGAAGAGGAGAGGCGUUACUUCAAACAGCAGGAGAUCACCCUCUGGAGGAAAGGGGACAUCGUGAGGAAGAGCAUGUCCCACCAGGCCGCCAUUGCCUCACAGCGCUUCGAGGGCUCGGCCACCGCAGAGAAGGCUUUAGCCCAGGCCAAGGAGGACAGCAAUUGAGUCCCUCUGCCCAAUCCACCAGCUCCUUAGGAAAACGGGACUCUGUGUCUGUGUGUGUGCUGGUGAGUGCGUACGUAACGGCAGCGCCGCGGGGGGGCGUCGCCCAGCCCCCAGAAAUUACCGCCAACCAUGGUGUGAAAAGCCUCCCUUUUAAUUAUGGCUAAAGAGAUUGGAGAGGCUGAGGAAGGACUGGGUUCAUGCUAUGGGAACAAACGCAAAAGCUGUGUUACAGUUUAAUAUUACUUUUCUUUAGUUUUUAAAUCAUCGUGUCGGGAAUUUUUCCAAUUGGCUGUUUCCAUCAUUGACAAGCUACGUGGCUUUUUUUUUUUUUUUUAAUCAAGUGUGCUUAUUCCAGUGGUCAUUUUAACCUUUAGUGUUUUUGUACGUCAGUGUAAUGACCUGCGGUUCCUUCCCCCUGAACACUAAUCAAAUUUAGAAAAAAAAAAAAAAAACAUUGGCUAAUGCAGGCAUUUUGUUUUGCAUUCCUUUUCCUGUUUUCUUCCUUAAAGAUGUCUUUGUGUGCGACUUUGUCAUAUUGAUGUGGAUCAUCACCAAGCCUGUACUGCACUUUCGUUGUCCAGUGCUUUGAAGUACAACAUAGAAUAUAAACUCCAGUAGCUCCUUUUCACGUAUAAAGACUUCAGUUAUAACUGCAUUUCUUUGCCCGACCUGAAAUUUGAAAGCUUCUGCUAAGCUGUGACUUGGGGCUGGGGUGUGUUUUUAACGGCUGUUUUUGCUAAUUGGUAUAAAUAAUAUACAUACCUGUAGUUUAGAUCAGUGAUUCUCAACCUGGUUGUCAUGGACCCCAAGACAGUUCACAUUUUCGCUCCGGGAGCUGGGAGGGAGCAAAAACGUGGACUGUCUUGGGGUCCAUGACAACCAGUUUGAGAAACACUGGUUUAGAGGACUAUGGCUAAGAUGCGUGACCAUCUCAGACCAUUCCAAAAUGAAAGUAUUUGCAUAUACAUUAGGGUAUUACAGUACUGUCUGUCAUCUUCUAGUACCAUGCCUUCAUUUUCAUUACGACAUUUUUUUAAAUUCAUAUCAUACACACACUUAGUUUCUAUUUUAAGCUGAAGGAAGGCCAAAAUGGGGGGGGGGGAUUAUUGGUAAACAAUUAACCAUUUGCUUUAUUUUUCAUGGUUCUCUGUGUUUUUUUGUUUUUUUUUUUAUCAAAAAUGGGGAGGUAAUCAUCAGUAUUAUAACUAUGUAUACUGUUUUAAAUAUAGAUAUCCACACGCGUAAACAAAGGCUACAAAGCAUGCAGCUGCGGACUACAUAUGUGACAUUCCCUAGUGAACUAAAACUCAGAUCCCAUGCAGCUGUCUUGUACCCGUGUGGUGAUUCCGGAGAACCUCAAAGCGCAGACAUGUCUGUUGCUCUCUGUGUUUCUCUUCGUCUUGAAAAUCAUAUCCGAUGUUGAAGCUACUCCUGUGUUGGCAUCUGUUGUACUGCAGUGCCUGAGUGAGAGCAGCUGCCACAACUGUGUUCUCAUUUUGAAGCUUGAAACAUGUCAGACGUCGGAAUCACCCGCCUCAAUUAAGUCUAAAACUCAUGAUGUCAAAGCAAAAUUUAUAUAUAUUUAACAAAAAUGUGAGCAGUUAGGUUUUGCGCCAGAGAAGUGAAGAUAGACUGUUUGGCUUUGUUUAGUUGUUUGUUUGUUGAUUUUGUUUGUUGCUGGUGUCAAACGGCUGCUGUGGAAUUUACAUUCCAUUCAUUUUGCAACAAAGGGGGAUAACGUUUGUCUCAAUUCUGCCAGUAACCAGAUGCUAUACUUUACUAACCACCCAGACCUUUCAACUUGAAGUCUAUCCAACAUGGACUGUUUUGUGUCUUUCAGCUACUCCACUGGCCUGUAUAGUUAAUUUAAUUUGACUGUGUGUAUUCAGAAGUAGUAGUGUGAUUAUUAUACCAGCACAUAACAUAACACUGUCUGAUCUGCGUGGACUGACGUACAGCAUUUUAUUUCCUCUUUACUUAAAAAGUUCUCUGGGGAUAGAGCAGAUAUGAAGUCUUUAAACUAAUUAUCACGUGUCAAACUAGAAUUGUCACCUCCCAAUAACCUAUAGGUGUCAUCUGUUUAACGAAUAGAAAUUUAAAACUGGAAGUAAGGUUUGGACUCAAGUACUCAUGUACAUUUUUUAAAAUGUUUCCUUGCGUACUAUUUUUAAAAACAGUUCAGUUCUUUGUUCUCUGCUUGGCAGUAGGUUGAAUUAGUCUCCUAAUGUUAUAUAUUGUGCAGAAAAGACUGCUUUUAAAUGGCAUUAGACACAUACCUUUUUAUGAUUAUAUAUGAUGAAUGUUAUACGAUUAUAUGAAUAUAUAUAUAUAUAUAUUUACAGAGUUGUAGGUAUAUAUGAUUUAAUUAACAUCUAAAAGAGCCAGCUUUAAGGUACCAGGCAGUUUGUGAAAGGGAAUCUCACCACACGCGUAUUUGACUAAUAGAACCUUAGAUCUCAACACAGGACAUAAGUACACUGCUUUCUUGUUCCUCAGUUAGUUGUAUUUUGCGUCUCUGUAUUUUAAAUUGUUUUUAAUCCCUUUUCUUUGAUUAAAAAGAGAACUGUCAAAA